UUCAUCCCAUGAUCGAUUAUCGAUUGAUGAGCAUCGAUUUCCUUAUGUACAUUUUAUGCAGGUCUAGAACCGCAUAAAGCUUCUUGACCCAUCCAGCCGUUACCAGCUACGACGACCUUCUGUACGAACCCUCAUCUCAACGAACGUCAAAGAUGAAGAGGAGCAGGCCCGAGUCUCCACUCAUUCACCGUGACGACAUAGAAAACUAUGGCUCGAUGCAAACACAUCAAGAUGAUGGCCCGGGAGCAAUCGCGAACGAAUCACUCAGCUUCACUGCCAGGAAUGCUGGGAUGUUAUUGAUCAUAUACUCCCAGUUUUUCUUUGCUUCCAUGGAUAUCUCGGUGAAGCUACUGAACGGCUUGGAGCCUCCGGUGCACGCACUUCAGAUUAUCGUGAUUAGGAUGGGCAUCACCUUGAUAUGCUGCGAGAUAUACAUGACUGUUAUGGGGAUCCCUGAUCCGAUUGCUGGCCCUAAAGGUGUUCGAAUGAUGCUUUUCAUCCGUGGUGUCACUGGGUUUUUUGGGCUAUCUGGCAUGUACUGGUCACUCCAGUACUUGUCUGUCGCAGAUGCCACAGUCUUGGUAUUUUUAACACCUCUUACGGCAGCGGUGGCUGGAUCUGUAUUUUUGAGGGAAAGCUACUCCGUCAAGCAAGCUAUCGCGGGGGUUUUCAGUCUCCUCGGUGUCAUCCUCAUAGGCAGACCCGCAUUCCUAUUUGACUCCCUGGAUGCUGUUCCUCAAGGACUCUCAGACGUGGCCCCUGCGCAAAGGCUGGCGGGUGUUGUGGCCUGUAUGGUCAGCGUACUUGGAAAUACUGGAGCAUAUACCUCGAUACGCGCAAUUGGGAAGCGCGCUCACCCGAUGCAUGUAAUGUCAUACUUUUCAUUGUGGUGCACAAUUAUAUCAUCUUUGGGGAUGGUUGUUUUUGAUAUCCCCGUUGUAUAUCCUACGUCAUGGAUGUGGAUACUUCUUCUGUUCAUGGUCGGUGUCUUCGGCUUUGCGGCGCAGACCCUUUUGACGAUGGGACUACAAACCGAAACCGUGUCGCGUGGCGUCACUGGAAUGUAUGCUCAGGUGGUUUUCGUCGUGGUGCUUGAACGCCUGUUCUUCGGAGUUACACCGUCUUUACUGUCAGUUCUCGGCGCUGCUAUCAUCAUGUCCUCUGCUUUCUAUGUCGUCGUGAGUGGUCGCUAUGCUCGUUGUUACCAAACUUCUGUGCUGAUGUAGAUUUCACUCACCAGAUGAAAAAAGCAGAAACCUCACCAAGACAGUGCCGCUGACAAUGCUACAACACAGAAGUGUGGGGCCCUGCCU